AUACUGCCGCUCUUCCUUUUCUCCGAAAUCCUUACCUUAUGCAGGACCUGCGCUACACAGUGACGUGCGUCGUACUCGGGUUCCGAACGGACAGAAUCAAGAGGAGCAAACCGUUCUACAGCAUGCUGGACUGUUUUCUCGAUAAGGUCAAAAAACACCCCAACAAACCGUUUAUUGUAUUCGAGAAUAGUUCGUAUACGUACCGGGAUGUUGACAAGCAGAGCAACAAGUUCGCCCGGGCGCUCUCACAGCACGCAAGCGUGAAGGAAGGGGACACUGUCGCACUCUUCAUGGGCAACGAGCCCAUGUACGUGUUUAUCUGGCUGGCCCUGGCUAAACUUGGAUGUACAGCCGCGCUGCUCAACUACAACAUCAGGUCCAAGUCCUUAUUGCACUGUUUCACCUGCUGCGGAGCCAACGUGCUCCUGGCUGCUUCAGAGUUGCGUGGAGAGGUAGAUGAGGUGCUCCCCACCCUGAGGGAGCAGAGUGUAAGUGUGUUCGUGCUGGGUCAGGGUGUGGAGGAGGCAGAGUGUGUGAUGGAGGGCAUGAAGACUCUGAGCAGCAGCAGGAUACAGCAGGCCUCAGAUCAACCUCUGGACCCACAGCUCAGGUCAAAGGUCACCUUAAAGAGCCCCGCCCUCUACAUCUAUACCUCGGGAACUACAGGUCUGCCGAAGGCUGCAGUGAUCACCCAUGAGAGGCUGUCCAUGGCCUCCUCUCUGCAGUUCAUCUCAGGUGUGGCCUCUGAUGACGUCAUCUACAUCUACCUGCCCCUCUACCACACCGCCGGCUUCAUGAUGGGCCUGACUGGAGCCAUAGAGAGAGGCAUCACCAUUGUCCUGAGGCGUAAAUUCUCUGCCUCUAAUUUCUGGGAUGACUGCAGGAAAUACAACGUGACAGUGAUCCAGUACAUAGGAGAGAUCAUGAGGUACCUCUGUAAUGCACCCAAGAAAGAUAAUGACAGGCAUCACAAGGUACGUCUGGCCCUGGGUAACGGGCUUAGAGCAGACACCUGGUCAGAGUUCCUGCAGCGUUUCGGUGACAUCCGUGUCUGUGAAUGCUACGGCGCCACCGAGGGAAAUGGCGGCUUCAUCAACUACAUCGGGAAAGUCGGCGCGAUCGGCAAAGAGCACUUCCUUCACAAAGCAAGCUUCUCAUACGCUCUGAUUCAGUAUGACACAGAGAGAGAGGAACCUGUCAAAGACUCUAGAGGUUUCUGUAUCAAAGUCCCUAAAGGAGAAACUGGUCUACUGGUUUCCAAGAUUAGCGCGCGGGCUCCGUUCAAUGGCUAUGCUAAUAACCAGCAGCAGACAGACAGGAAGAAGCUGACAGAUGUGUUUGUUAAGGGAGAUCUGUACUUAAACAGUGGAGACCUGCUGAGGAUCGACCACCAGGGAUUUGUUUACUUCAUGGACCGCAUCGGAGACACCUUCAGGUGGAAAGGAGAGAACGUGGCCACCACAGAGGUGACUGAGCACCUGAUCAUGGUGGAAUGUAUCGAAGAAGCCAACGUCUACGGUGUCAAGGUUCCAGGACACGAGGGGAGGAUCGGGAUGGCAGCUGUCAAACUGAAAGAUGACGUGGAGUUUGACAGCAAAGCCACGUUCCAGCACGUCACGACGUCCCUGCCCAGCUACGCUAGACCACGCUUCAUACGCAUACAGAAUUCCCUGGCUGUGACUGGAACAUUCAAGCAGAUGAAGGCAAAGCUAGCCGAAGAGGGAUUCAACCCAUCUGUGAUACAGGAUCGAUUAUACUACCUGGAGGACAGUAAGGGCUACAUCCCCAUGACACAGGAGAUUUAUGACUCUAUUUCUGAUGGAAAGAUACGGUUAUGAUUUUUUUUUCUUUUUUUUUUUCUAACUGUUAAUCUUUUAUUUUGAAAUGAACUGUCAAAUUAUUAAUCUGAUGUACAUUUUAUUGUGAUACUUUGAAUCCCCCCAAAAAAAAAGGGUUGUGUUUAAAUGAAAGGGAGACAAAUGCUUACGCCAAGGACCAACUUUUAAAAUGUUGUGCAUUUUAUGACUAGAGAGAGAAAAUUGAAAAUUAAAACUGAAAAUGUUAUGGAAUGUUUGUAAAUUCAUAAAUAUAUAUUGAUUUUGUAAUAAAUACUAAAGAUAUAUCUA